UGUCCUUAGUGCGCCAUACACCCUGUUUACCCAUACCGAGAGCUGUGUUGAUAUUUGUUUAUCACGGCCGGCUGCUGGGUGGGAGCGUAAUAUAAUAUCUGGGUCUCCAUUAUCUUUCAUUCAAGAUGCUGAGCAUCAUUGCCAUUAUAACUACCCUUGCCUUGGUAUACCCGUCUGAUGGUUAUAUGAUUACUGUUGACGCGCAUGCUGAGGAAUGCUUCAUGGAGAAAGUAACAUCUGGUACAAAGCUUGGUCUCGCAUUUGAGGUGGUGGAGGGUGGCUUUUUGGACAUUGACAUCAAGCUGAUUGGGCCCGACGGCAAGGUGGUGUACCAGCAGGAGCGGGAGAGCAAUGGCAGGUUCACCUUCCCGGCUCACAUGGACGGCGUGUUCACCUAUUGCUUCGGCAACAAGAUGUCCACCAUGACGCCGAAGAUCGUCAUGUUCUCCAUGGACCUCGGGGAGGCGUCUAAGAAAGACGGAGUCGACGGCGAAGCGAGCCACAACAAGCUCGAGGACAUGAUCAAGGACCUGGGGUCGGCGCUGACGGCCGUCAAGCACGAGCAAGACUACAUGGAGGUGCGCGAGAAGAUCCACCGCGCCAUCAACGACAGCACAAACUCGCGCGUCGUGCUCUGGUCCUUUUUCGAGGCGCUCGUGUUGGUGGCCAUGACCAUGGGCCAGGUGUACUACCUCAAGCGGUUCUUCGAGGUGCGGCGAGUGGUGUGAGCCGGCGCGGAGGACCGUCCAAAGCCUCGAUCGGGAACUGUCGCUGUCCGCCGGUACCGCGGCGGCGGCGGCGGCGGCACGGGAGAGACUGAGACAGAGGGUGUCCGGUGGUGCCGACGGAGGGCGGGCUGCUGUGUGGCCGGGGAGCCAUGGUCAGUGGCUGGGGAGGACAGGGGCACCGUCUUUCUGCACGCUGUGCGGGGAGGGCGGGCUGCUGUGUGGCCGGGGAGCCAUGGUCAGUGGCUGGGGAGGACAGGGGCACCGUCUUUCUGCACGUUGUGCGGUUAUUUAGCGGCGAUGUCAGAAAGUUGAGUUGGUUGCGCGGUCACGAUGGGGGCGAGCUUGUUAGUGAACAAACGUUGGCUGGGUGCUUGCGUUUUGAUCUGAGCGAUGAUUCUAUACGGCUGGCACAGCUGGCCAUUUAUCUAAUUUCAAAUCCAGGCCAUAAACAUUUCUGGACGAUCAUUGUUGAAUUGCAAUUCGUGUGCGCACCAAAGUUCCAAUACAUAUGACCAUUUUUAA